ACAGUGAGUGCGAGGCAGGCAGUCAUUAAGUUACUCUCACCGGCUUCGCUAACCGGAAAUGCAUUGUUGCUCCUUAACAAUAAAAUAAGACAGUGCGCCCGUGUGAGUACAUUAGUGUGCAUGAAGAUUUAUUGGUUUGUCGUGAGAAUCGUGGAGAGGUGAGAGAAGAGGAAUAAAAGGUGGAAGAAUGAGAGCGAGGCAGGAACAUGGCAGAAGAUGAGGGAUUUCAGGCAACUCCCAGUGAGACAUAAAGAAGAAGCGUGCAGGGCAUUGUUGUUAACGAAUUACCCGUGUUUUAAAUCCAUUCGGCCGUCAUGUCUGCCGCGUUCAAUCCGCCUUUCUAUCUUACUUUGAAGGCGACGAGCGGAAAUUGUGAUCUUCACACUACAUGUAGUGGAUGGGGGACGCGGGAGCAGGAGGCAGGUGGAUGUUUGUGUGUUUGUGAGGAGGAACCGAAGGAGGACAAGAAGAGACGGAGGAGAGAAGGGCGGCUGAGGAGACGACAGAGGAGGAAAGAGACGGGGAGAAGAGAGCGAAGAAGGAGGGGAGGAUGGCGGAGAGGUUCUCUUCGUGCGGCAGCUUGUAUGACAGCACCAACCUGCUGCUACAGUACUGCAACAACGAUGACACGGUGUCGGCCGGCAGCACCCUGGACAUGGAGGACCGUGUCUCACAUCUGGAGCAGAGGCUGCAGCUGCAGGAGGAUGAGAUCCAGCUGCUGAAGGCGGCGCUGGCGGACGCCUUACGCAGACUGGGCUACUGCGAGGAGCAGACUCUGGCGCUGCAGCCAGGACGAGGCCCAGCCGCUGGGAGGAAGUCGCUGGCCUCCUCCGCCCCGGCUCACCCCACCAAAGUGCGGCAACUCCUGCAGGCUCUCCCCUCCAGGCCACUCGGUAACGGAUACAUCCAGCAGAAGCGCAUGCUGUCCUCGCCGUCCUCACCCAAGAAAGAGGUGCUGCAGUCCAUCAAGAGGAAGAGCAUGUCCACGGAGCGUCUGACCAUGGUGAGGAGGGAGAUCGCAGCCGAGAGUCGGAGUUGGACCACCUCAUCCAGCAGCUCUUCUGGCGGCAAGAGCAAAUCCAAAGAAUGCACCUUCAAUGCAGAGGACGGCUACGUGAGGAUGUUCCUGCGUGGUCGUCCCGUCACCAUGCACAUCCCUGACAGUAAGAGGGAGAGCUACAGUCUCGACCAGAAGGUGGCGCUGCCUGACCGCAAGCUGAAGCUGCAAUGGGUGUACGGCUACCGUGGCCGCGACUGUCGCUCUAACCUCUACCUGCUGCCCACCGGGGAGAUCGUCUACUUCAACGCCUCGGUGGUCGUCCUGUACAACACGGACGAGCAGCAGCAGAGGCACUACCUGGGCCACAACGAUGAUGUCAAGUGCUUAAGUGUCCAUCCUGACAUGGUUACCAUAGCAACGGGACAAGUGGCUGGCAACUCUAAAGACGGGAAGCUGUUGGCGCCUCAUGUUCGGGUAUGGGACUCCGUGAGCCUCAACACUCUGCACGUGAUCGGGAUGGGAGUGUUCGACCGCGCCGUCACCUGCGUGGCCUUCUCCAAGUCGAACGGCGGCACGUUCCUCUGCGCCGUGGAUGAUGCCAAUGACCACAUCCUGUCGGUGUGGAACUGGCAGAAGGAGAAGCAGCUGGCUGAAGUGAAGUGCUCCAAUGACUCGGUCUUCGCCGCCGUGUUUCACCCCACCGACACUAACCUGAUCGUCACGUGUGGCAAGUCGCAUAUCAACUUCUGGAGCAUGGACGGAAACACGCUGACCAAGAGGCAGGGCCUGUUCGAGAAACACGACAAGCCGAAGUACGUGUUGUGCGUGUCAUUCACUGAGAACGGGGACGCCAUCACUGGAGACUCGAGCGGGAACAUCUACGUGUGGGCCAAAGGAAGUAACCGCAUCAGUCAGGUGGUGUCCGGGGCCCAUGAGGGCGGGAUCUUCUCCGUGUGCGUGCUGAAGGACGGGACUCUGGUGUCUGGCGGAGGGAAGGACCGCAAGGUGGUGCUGUGGGACCAUGACUUCAGGAAGCAGGCCGAGAUGGAGGUGGGCGAGUCGUUUGGCCCAAUCCGAGCGCUGACUGAAGGCAAACCAGGCGAGCUCUUCAUUGGAACCACCAAGAACGCCAUCAUCCGAGCCGCCUUCCCUGACACCAUGACCCCCAUCGUGCAGGGUCACACAGAUGAGCUCUGGGGUCUGGAUGUUCACCCCACCAUGGAGCAGUUUGUCACCUGCGCUCAGGACAAGCAGGUCCACCUGUGGGACACCACUUCUCAUCAGCCGCUCUGGAGCAAGACCCUAGAGGAUCAGGGCCGGUGUGCCGGCUUCCACCCCAGCGGCUCGGUCCUGGCCGUGGGCACCAUGUCAGCGAGGUGGCUGGUGCUGGACACCGACACACACGACCUGGUUUCCAUGCACACGGAUGGGAAUGAGAUCAUCUCCAACGUCAAGUACUCUCCAGAUGGGAACUUCCUGGCUGUGGCGUCACAUGACAACUUUGUUUACAUCUACGCGGUGUCGGAGAGCGGCAGGAAGUACAGCCGCGUGGGAAAGUGCAGCGGACACUCGAGCUUCGUCACGCACUUGGACUGGUCCACAGACGGCCAGUAUCUGGUCACCAACUCAGGAGACUACGAGAUUCUCUUCUGGGAGGCGGCGACCGCCAAACAUGUGACCAACAUGGACCUGCUGAGGAACUUGGAGUGGGCUACCUCCACCUGCACGCUGGGCUUCACCACCUUCGGGAUCUGGCCGGACGGUGCCGACGGCACCGACAUCAACGCCUCGUGCCGGUCACAUGACGGCUCCCUGCUGGCGUCUGCCGAUGACUUCGGCAAAGUGCGCUUGUUCACAUUCCCCUGCAGUCAACCGAGGGCCGCCAGCCACGAGUACGGCGGCCACAGCAGUCACGUGACCAACGUUGCCUUCUUGCAUGACGACUCGCAGCUCAUCUCCACCGGCGGGAAAGACACCAGCAUCCUGCAGUGGCAGGUCGUCUAGGUAACGGCGGCGUCUGGCUGCCCGCGCCAGUUCAGCAGCUUCGGUUCUGACCCGCUAGUUUACGCUGUGCCUCGACUGGACUCCACCCUUUAAUCUUUUAGAGCAGAACACUUUUAUCACGUCGGAUCAUCCACACUGGUUUAACAAGUUGGAGAGUCACAAUAGACAGACGCGUGAGUCGUCAGCGAGGCGCUUCAUUGCUUAGGUACGAAGCUGAUAUCAGUGAAUGUACUUGACCGUCUGUCAGUCACUGUCUCAGCCGUCACUCAUACGAAUGUAAGCUUCCUCACUAAAGCUGCGAUGGUGUUUCCGGCUGGUAAAACAACAAAUGAAAAUGUUUUUCCCCUUUAACGUGAAAACCCUGCCGCUUUUCGAUUGUAAUUCCGCUGAGGUGGCACCGGGUGGCGCCAGAGAGCAGGCAUGUAGAAGGUCCGUGAGAGAACCUAGAUAUGCAGUGAACACAUAUAUCCGAGUGGCUGUGCUAUUUUACUAUUUAACUACCAUGGAAUGUAAUUAUCAGAAUCUUAAUAUAACUGGUGAAGUGGCUGGAGAUGUAGUGAAUGUGCUUCGUCGUUGGGUUUGUCAAUAAAGUUUUUCCAAACCA